GACUCGCCACCAGGGGGCGUGUGUCUGAGUGAAAUGCUGACGUCAACCAAACUGUUCAGCUGUAAUCAAUAUGAAAAUUCAACUGCAGUACCACCGUUCAACCCAAAGAGGGCAGCACUGAAAUGGUUUCAGCCAAAAUACCACAAAUUUAAACAAAUUUACACAAAAAUGUCACAAUUUGCACAGAAACGUAAAGAUGGCGCCUUAAGGGUCAGUUUAUAUGAGUAGAUAAAGUAUGUUUUGGGUUUAGCUACACUUUAAAAAGUGUUUUUAUUUAUAAUUUUAUCCUGUUUGUUGUAAAUAACUUGCCAGCUUUGAGCUUCUUUCAUUUUCUGGUGAAAAUGUUUGUGUCUUAUUAUAUAAUUUCUGUUUUUGUUAUUUAUCAGACCCAUGUGUUUAUCACACAGCCUGGAGCAUAUCGGCUUUACUUCAGUCAAUCUCAAACAGAAAGCGUUUUAUUAUUUUCCUCCCCAUGUUCUCGUGUAUUUUGUUACGUUUUGUAAAUAUGUGAUCUGUUCAUUGUUCCAGUCUGAGAGGAUGGAAAUUCCCCCGGUGUCUUUUUUCAGGUCCUGCUUGUCCGAGUGUGUAAAAAGGAAGUGUGUGUGUGUGUGUAUGGGUGGCAUCCGGCAGCCAAUCGCAUGCUUCCUCAGAGGAAGCAGGAAGUAACGCAGCCGUCCAAUCAGAGGCCUCGACACCUUCAGGAAACCUCAGCUGGAGAGUCAACGCGGUUCAGAUUAACUGCAGACUUCCUAACUGACGCAUCAUCUGGUCUUUUUUUAUCCUCCACUAAUUUACUCACCUUCCACCUGAACCGACUGGCCUGCUCUGGAACCGGAGACCCUACCCCUCCACCAGGCCGUCCUCCCUCGUUCCUCUGGGCUUUUUUUCAGAAGUAUGGUUGCUCCUCUUCCCGUGAGGCUCCAGUCAUGUCCGCCGCCGUGUCCGCUCCUUCGCUGAGGAAGAAGAAGUCGUUUGCUCGGAGCUCCAAGCCGAGCACAAGGAUGUGUGUUCAGGAUGAAAGGGAAUUCCUAACCAUGUCGUUUCCAGAGAUGUACUGGCCGGUGCCGAUGCGAGCCAUCGGGGCUCAGAAUCUCCUCACGAUGCCAGGAGGAGUUUCCACCUCAGGAUAUCUCCACAAGAAGGGAGGCAGUCAGUUCAGUCUCAUGAAAUGGCCUUUGAGGUACAUAAUCAUCCACAAGGGUUGCGUGUACUACUUCAAAAGCAGCACCUCUCCUUCACCACAGGGGGCGUUCUCUCUCAACGGCUACAACAGAGUGAUGAGAGCAGCAGAGGAGACGACGUCCAGCAACGUUUUUCCCUUUAAAAUCGUCCAUUUCAGUAAGAAACACAGAACGUGGUAUUUUUCUGCAGCCAGCGAAGACGAGCGAAGGAAAUGGAUGCGAUAUCUGCGAAGGGAAAUAGAUCACUAUAACGACAGAAAAGAGGCCCAAAUUUCAAGUGACUCCGACUCAGACGCAGACUUUUAUGGCACCAUAGAGAGACCCAUGGAAAUUAAACACGCUGUGGACACAGCAGAGGAUGAUUACGUUGAUGAGGAUGAUGAUGAAGAAGAUGAAGAAGACUAUCUGAAGCCAGACGGUGAUGGCUCACCAACAUCUCCAGGUCGACCCACCGGUCCGCCUCCUGCCUACCCUCCUCCACCGGUACCAGCUACUCCGCUCCGUCGAGAAUCCAGUCCAAACAUCCAGAAAGCCGUGCCUCUACCUGUCCCUGGACAACACAGAAACCCAAGCAGCCCACUCCCCAAAAAGCCCUCCGUCCCUCACCAGCCCCUCCAGAAGGAACAGAGUAAAGGUCCGCCCCCUCCGCUGCCCUUUGCCCCUCACCUGCAGAAGUCGCCGUCUCCGACUCCUCCUGCUCUUCCUCCCAGCUCCUUGAAAACUGCUCAGAACAGGACGAUCUCUUUGGGGAAUACUGCCAACGAUCGGAGAGACCUGAGGUCCCACUCCACGGUCCAGGUCCACUCGCCGGCCACGCUGCCCAUCUGUGACCAGCUGCACAACAGGAUGGUCCUGAACGGCCCGGUCAACAGCUCCCCAAUCACCGGCAGUACCCAGUCUCUGGGAAACCACUGCCUUCGGACCAAGCCCUCCUUACCACUGCCCCACACCGAAGUUAACCUGCUGUCCACUAGUGCCCCAUCGCUGCCUGCCAAACCGCCGUCGUCUCCGCUACUCAAGUCUGGACUUCACAACAAGCCGACGAUACCGAAACCUCCUCCACCGACGGCCAAACCGCUGCAGACUCUGGACAAGCCAAAGUCUCCGUUUCAAAGAGCAUCUCCAGACGGGCAGAGUUUCCGUUCGCUGGGAGAGGAGAUUCCUGCUGAUAUCAGGAAGAAACCAAAGUCAUCCAAACACGGACACGACUCCGAUGACGACUACGAGAACGUGCAGCUGCCAGAGUCGGUUUUCAUCGAUUCAACUGAAACCACCUUUGUAGAAAAGCUUUUUAAAGAGUGCUGUGCUAAUCCGCCGGACGGACUCUACGGCAUCAGAAAAUCAGGAACCAAAACCGCAAAGGUGCUGGUGGUUUGGGAUGUCGCUAUAAACAAGGCCAGAAACUACAGGCUGUUUGAAGAGAAUGACAGCAUAUUUCUGGAGAGCGACCUGACCUUCCCCAACCUGGCGGCGCUGGUUGAACACUACUACAGCCAUCCUCUUCCUCACCACGGCUCGCUGUGCCUGCAGAAGCCUUACGCCAAAGUCCUGAGCUCCUGAGACCAAACAUGCAGCUGGAGACGCGUCUUCAAACGGAUUCAAAACAAACUGAGCUCAAAAUCACCCAGAAGAGGAGGAAAAACCGGCUGGAAAUCAGAACAGUUUGAUGGUUGUGACGCAUUUUGGCCACUAGGAGGCGACAAAUGACAACAUAAAGCAACAGAUUCCGGAAAUACAGCCUACAUGCAUAAACAUAUCACUCAAUAUAACUAUAAAUAUUUAUUUCUGUAUCAUUUUUCUAAGUAAUUUCAGAAGUUAAAGCCUAUGAUGAGUAUUUCUGUGUAAAUAUGGCUGCGUCACAUGAAACAUAAUGACUUUAAACAAGCCAAACGGACAAAAUUAAAAGCUAAAAGUCGGAUCCUGAACCUUCCCUGACACAAGAGAACAGGAGCUUACAACUUACAUUUCAGUUGGAAAUACAGGGAAAACAUCAACAGAGGAGGGAAACCUCGUUUUCAAAUUAGCAGUGCGACCAAACUGGGACUGAUUGUCUGUUUUUGUGUUUUUUGUCAAAACGAGCUUUUUAAAAUGUGUACAUUCAUUAUACUGUGUAGCUUUUGUCCAUAUUUAUAUGUAAAUAUGUAAAAGCAUGACUGUAAAUAUGUAAAUGUGAAGUUUUUUUACAAAAAUAUAUACUGAGAAUGUAUAAACAAUUGCAU